UCGAUCACGCCGUCUUGCUCCUUCAAAAUCGAAAUCACCCCCACAAUGCCGUUGAAAACUCCGAGUCCAGGCCUCCCUUCUAUAAAUAGCGACCGUACUUUCAUCGGUUGUUCGUUUCUGUUAAACAAUCUUAUCGACGAGAAUUUACAAGGAUAAUCAAGAAAGAAUUUGUGUUGUUUAUCUGAAGAGAGAUAUGGCUCGUACCAAGCAAACUGCUCGCAAGUCAACCGGUGGCAAGGCUCCGAGGAAGCAGCUCGCCACAAAGGCUGCAAGAAAGUCGGCGCCCACCACAGGUGGUGUCAAGAAGCCACAUCGUUACCGCCCUGGAACUGUUGCUCUCCGUGAAAUUCGCAAGUACCAGAAGAGUACCGAGCUUUUGAUCCGCAAACUUCCCUUCCAACGUCUUGUUCGUGAAAUCGCGCAGGAUUUCAAGACUGAUUUGAGGUUCCAAAGCCACGCUGUUCUGGCACUGCAAGAGGCUGCGGAGGCUUAUCUGGUUGGUCUCUUCGAGGAUACAAACUUGUGCGCUAUUCACGCCAAGAGGGUGACUAUCAUGCCAAAGGAUAUCCAGCUGGCUCGCCGUAUCCGUGGUGAACGUGCUUAAGCAAAUGUUUAGUUAGUUUUAUGGGGUAUGCUUUGAAUAGGGACUAGUGUAUAGGAAUGAAUAUUUGGUUCUUUUGCUCUCUUGUAUAGAGUUAUUGUUGGUAUUGAAGUGCAAUUCAAUCUAGAAUUCUAGUAUUAUUUUAGUUGACAUGCCAAAGAUUUAUGAAUGUGGAUUUUUUUUCAUGGAUUUGAAUUUCUGGUUAAUUAGAACUUUAUUGUCGAU